UUAUCUCUCUCUUCUCUCUCCUCUCUCCUCUCUCCUCAAACAAACCCUAAUCAACAAAGAUGCAGCAGCAAACCAAGCUUGGAUGGGGCAAAGUAGAUGAAGAUAAGAGAAGAGAGAAAUAGGGAGACGAUUAAUGCUCAUCUUCUACCUCUUCUGGUACGCUGCCAUCGCCGUUCAACUCACCAUCUCAUGACUCAAUCGGUUUCUCGUGAAAUCGCUUAGAAAUGCUUCUUGGGAGCUUGGUAUUUAGGGUUUUUUGUAAAUUUUCAGAAAUUGCAUAUCCGAAGAUGAAUGACACCGAUGUCCAGAAGCAUAUCCAAUAGAUGGUUAGAUUCAUCCGCCAAGAAGCGAAGGAAAAGGCUAACAAGAUCUCUGUUGCCGCCAAAGAAGGGCAUACUGCUAGAAAGGUUUUGAAGCAUGGUCUUCAACCAGGGGAACUAGCCCUCAUUUCUAAAGAAACGGUGGCUCCUUAUGAAUGCGCUGCUCUCAGCAAGGCUUACCUCUUUCCAAAAGUACUGCUACACUUCCUUGGUUCCAUACAUGUGUUAAAAGUGGAGGGGAGCGACUUCUUCCUAAGUGGUAUACUGAAAAAGGUGUUAGUGUAUCAUGAUCUUCUGGGAAUGCUGCAACACCCUCACCAUGCAAAGGUUAGACAGUGCUACUCGAACUUUCUGCCACCGCCACCCCUAAAAUGAAAUAGAAGUAGAAUAGAAGGUUUUUUGGUUUUUUUUUUAUCAAUAACUGCAGGUUACUCCUAAAUUCUGCAAGCAAUUCAAUAUGCACACGUCGGAGAUGUGAUCAACAAAGCCCUUGUGAAGUACAAGGAUGAAGUGACAAGUGGUUCAUUCCCUGGACCUGACCACAGCCCAUAUAAAAUCAGUGCUUCAGAAGUUGGUGGUUUCUUGUAUUUAAUUUAAUUUUAUUUUUUUAGAUUAAAAUUGUAAUAUUACAGCCUUUUUUAA